AAGUGAUUUAUUCUCCCAAAAAGUGAGAAGUAAAAUUUUCCCUCUCAUCACCUCUCUGUAUUUUUUUUCUUUCAUUUCUCCAUCUACUUUCUCAAGAAGAAAUAACAAAGAAAAUGACUGGAGAUAAGAGAAACAAGAGACCAUUAGAAGAGCCAACUGAUGCACUAAAGCUCAAAUUUGCAUCUCAGGAUAGUACAAUUGUCUAUUUCAGAGCUAAUCCUAGUUCAAUGAUGAAGGAAAUAUUCAAGGCUUAUUGUAAGAAAAAGCAAAUAAUAGAUUACAAAACAGUUCGCUUUUUCUGCGAUGGCCAACGUCUUUCACCUAACAGGACUGUAAAUGAGCUUGGGUUAGAAAAUGAUGAUCAGAUUGAUGCUAUGCUGUAUCAACAUGGAGGAGGGCCUGCACACCCAAUUUGAAGAACAUAUCAUAGCUGAG